CACUGUGGGUAGGCGGCGGCGGCGGCGGCGGCGGCGGCUGCGGCGGCGCUGGGAGCCCGCGGCCGAGGGAGGCUGCGCGCCGAACAUGGCUGAGAAGCAGAAGCACGACGGGCGGGUGAAGAUCGGACACUACGUGCUGGGGGACACCCUGGGCGUCGGCACCUUCGGCAAAGUGAAGAUUGGAGAACAUCAAUUGACAGGCCAUAAAGUGGCAGUUAAGAUCUUAAAUAGACAGAAGAUUCGCAGUUUAGAUGUUGUUGGAAAAAUAAAACGAGAAAUUCAAAAUCUUAAACUCUUUCGUCAUCCUCAUAUUAUCAAACUAUACCAGGUGAUCAGCACUCCAACAGACUUCUUCAUGGUGAUGGAGUAUGUAUCGGGAGGGGAACUGUUCGACUACAUCUGUAAACACGGGCGGGUUGAGGAGGUGGAAGCCCGGCGGCUCUUCCAGCAGAUCCUGUCUGCCGUGGAUUACUGUCACAGGCACAUGGUUGUCCACAGGGACCUGAAACCGGAGAACGUGCUGCUGGACGCCCAGAUGAACGCUAAGAUAGCGGACUUUGGACUGUCUAAUAUGAUGUCAGAUGGUGAAUUUCUGCGAACUAGCUGUGGAUCGCCAAAUUAUGCAGCACCUGAGGUCAUCUCGGGAAGGCUGUACGCGGGUCCUGAGGUUGACAUCUGGAGCUGUGGCGUUAUCCUCUAUGCCCUCCUCUGUGGCACGCUCCCGUUCGACGAUGAGCACGUGCCCACGCUCUUUAAGAAGAUCCGAGGGGGCGUGUUCUACAUCCCAGAAUAUCUCAACCGCUCUGUCGCCACCCUGCUGAUGCACAUGCUGCAGGUGGACCCCUUGAAGCGAGCAACCAUCAAAGACAUACGAGAACAUGAAUGGUUUAAACAGGAUUUGCCCACUUACCUAUUUCCUGAAGACCCCUCCUAUGAUGCUAACGUCAUUGAUGAUGAGGCUGUGAAAGAAGUCUGUGAAAAAUUUGAAUGUACAGAAUCAGAAGUAAUGAACAGUUUAUAUAGCGGUGACCCUCAAGACCAGCUGGCAGUGGCUUAUCAUCUUAUCAUUGACAAUCGGAGAAUAAUGAACCAAGCCAGUGAGUUCUACCUCGCCUCUAGUCCUCCAACUGGUUCUUUUAUGGAUGAUAGUGCCAUGCAUAUUCCCCCAGGCCUGAAGCCACAUCCCGAAAGGAUGCCGCCACUCAUAGCAGACAGCCCCAAAGCACGGUGUCCGCUGGAUGCACUGAACACCACCAAGCCCAAAUCUUUAGCUGUGAAAAAAGCCAAGUGGCAUCUUGGAAUCCGAAGCCAGAGCAAACCGUAUGACAUCAUGGCUGAAGUGUACCGAGCUAUGAAGCAGCUGGAUUUUGAAUGGAAGGUAGUGAAUGCAUACCAUCUUCGAGUAAGAAGGAAAAAUCCAGUGACUGGCAAUUAUGUGAAAAUGAGCCUGCAGCUUUACCUGGUUGACAAUCGGAGCUAUCUCUUAGACUUUAAAAGCAUCGAUGAUGAGGUGGUGGAGCAGAGGUCUGGUUCUUCAACACCUCAGCGUUCCUGUUCUGCCGCUGGCCUACACAGACCAAGGUCAAGUUUUGACUCCAGCACAGCUGAGAACCACUCGCUUUCCGGCUCUCUCACCGGCUCUCUGACUGGAAGCUCUUUGUCCUCCGCCCCACCUCGCCUGGGCAGCCACACCAUGGAUUUUUUUGAAAUGUGUGCCAGUCUCAUCACUACGUUAGCUCGUUGAUAAGCUACCACUAGUUUCCGUCUCUGUUACCGCACUGUGAAAAUCACGUAUACUCUUUUAAAUUAUUAUCUCACUUUUGGGUAUUGCAACAUAAAUUGACGUGAAUAUUCCCAGGUGACAUGCAGUGUUGUUGAAAUUACCAAAACACAGAAGUCUGGCAUUUGGUUUACUUUUAGAACUCUACCAUUCUACCGUGCCUAUGAUAAAUUUGAAGAGGUAGUACCUUUAAUGGAUGAAUAUUGAUGACAUUUGUUAAUUUACACCUGUGAGUUCACUACACAUGAUGAGCACACCUCACUGAGAACCAGCUAGUUUAGGGGUGGUUUGGCGAUACCUCCUUGCUUUAUGUCUGGUGCAUGUAAAUUCAGUUUGCCUCCUAAAUUUCAGCAGGUGUUAUUUAGGCUGUCUAGGCACUUGUUGCACAAGAAGAUUAAGAAAUAGAAUAAUUGUUUAGUAAGAUAUUUUUAAAAUAUGGAAAUCUGAAAAUCCUGUAACCCUAAACACCAGGAACCAAGUUCUUUUCAAUGGUUUCUGCAAACACUGCCUGGUAUUAGCCAUACAGACCGGGUUUCUAACAACAGGUACCCAGGCUUCCCGCUUCUUGACACUUGUGCAAGGCCCCAGUUAAAUCCCACCACUACCAAGCAAUACAAAAACAUGCAGAAAUAGUAAAUAAUUAAAUGAAACAAGCAAAAUACUGACAGUCCCCAACAUUUCUACUCUUUGAUGUUCUAUUUUAGGACUGGUGUAGGUGAGGGAGGCCUGAGAGUUCGGCUCUCUGGCAUCUUUGCUUAAUUCCCUUGAAGUUUAAGUUGUCAUUGAUGCCACCUCUUUCCUCUGUCUUCCUCAGUAGUCACUGACUUUGUUCAUUGUUUUUCAAUCUCUUGUGGUUUCCUUUCUUUGGUCUUUCAUUUCAAAACCCUGUUUUGGCCAUAGAGCCUUUCCAAAGCUCUAUGUACUUCCAAAGCUUGAUCUGCUGUGACCUGCACUGUUGAACCUGAUUGGAUAAGGAAGCCUUAAAUAUUUAAAAGUAUAUUCUCCUGGAAUAAGUGUAUGUGUUGUUUACAUAUAUAUAUAUACAUAUGUAUUGACACAUCAGUGCUUUUAAUCAAAAAGAACAACCAAACUUGUGAAAAUAUUUUUAAUUUAAGAUAAAACACUGUAUAGUAGGCUAGAUAAAGUUAAUUGAUAAUAUGUUGUUUUGGUAAAAGUAUUUUAAAUUAUGUAUAAUUUAUCUAAUAAUUAUUUAUUCAUUUAUUGUAUUUAUGUUGUGAUUAACAAAAUCACUGACCUGAUUUGCCCUAGAAAAUGUUAAGCUCUUGAAAACAAAAGCAGCAUUGCCUUGGCAGGUUUCUCGUCACCAAAAAUAGUGUAUUUUUUAUUUAUCAAGAAACAAAUGAGACUGUUAGAUCCAGUUUCUCAUGUGAUUAUGGAAGACAAGAUUGUCUAUCUUUAAAUAACUUUUUGAAUCAGGAAUUUGCAUUACAUCACAUCAGAGAACUUUGUAGUUCUUUUAAAAAAUGGUGAUCAAUAUUUAUUACUACAACUUCUCAAUAUCAAAAUAAAAGGACCUUUGUUCGCUAAUUUAAGAAAGAAGGUGGGUAUACAAUUUAAGGUAGUUUAAGGUUUUAAUCUUUGAAAGAUUGCCAUCUUGUGGCAAUAGAUGGUAAUUUUUAGUAGUUAUUUUAAUAGCAAUACUUAGUCCUGGUUUGUCUAAUGUGUUUUAUGAAUGUGGCAUAAUUUUGGCUUCUCCAAAUGUAUAUAUAUCCUUUUUUGCAGGGCAGGGGAGACCACCUCAUAAUAUUUGCCUAAUUAUGAACAGAAGACUUUGAGAUAAAGAAUUGAUUGGAUUCCUUACCUUUAAUAACAGCACCCAUGACAGUUUUGAAGGCAGAAAAGGAUGCCAGAAUGCUUUCUUAGUCUAGUGACUUUGAUGUUAGAAGCUUGCUCAUAGCAAAAUUACUUUAUAUGAAUGAUUAUAAUGCUAUUCAAGAGCUAAGAAUGAUUGGCUAUUGUCUAAUUCAUUCCAGCAUUUAUGAAUACCCAGGUUGACAGUUACCUGUUGAACCUAAGGAGAACUGAAGGUCAUUUAGUUUCCUUUUAACAUUUUAAACAUUAUUUUAUGACUCUAGGCAAUAGAGUAAAUUGGUUUGCAGAGAGAAUUCAGUGACUCAUGUUGCAAAGCAGAGGCAAAAUUUUGUCCUAGCACAGGGUUCUGUUGCUCUGGGGAACAGAGAAGGAAAGAAUUCUUUGUAAAUUUAAAAUUCCCACAUUUCAGUCAACACUGUGACCGUAGUAGGCACUGAGUUUAGAACUGUCUAUUCUUCUGGAUCCCAGGGAGAAUUACUAUUAGGUUGUAGAUGUGGGCCUCAUUUAGGUCCUGGAAAUGGACUCCUGAAAACUAAGAACUCCCAGGAAUAAUUUUGGAAUUCAUUGUGUCUGCUGUGGACCCUGCAGAGGACAGUAGGUGCUGUUAGCUCCAAAGACUUGGAUGAGUUCUUCCAGAAAGAAUAAACCCUGUAGCUGCAUGUAACCCUACUUUGCCCAAACUAGGUUACUCUUUUAGGACUUUCGCUGAGCGUGGUUGCGUACCUGUAUUCCCAGAGGGGAGCAUGAGGCUCCCACUUUGAGGCUACAUUAGACUAGAUAGAUGGCAAGACUUUGUUUCAAAAUGAAAACAACAAGGAAACCUUAGCCUCCCCUAAGAAAACAUGGGAAAUGCUUGUCCCCGAGUGCCACGGCGGUGUGGUUACGAGUGACACUCGGAAAGCGCUUCUUCCCUUUCGUGUGUUGUGGUGAGCCUGAUUCAGAUUCAGAACCAGUUUGUUAGCAUGCAGACAGGCACCUCCUGGGUCUGUAGCUUGUAUCACAUGUUGGCUUUCUUAAUCAUACGGAUGCUUUUCAGGUAGAGCAUGGAUUUUUUUUUCCCCUUAAUGGAUGACUGAAAAGUCUUAAACAAGGUUACUUAUGGAAAACCAGAAGAGUAAGACCAGUGACUUACUGUUAUGGCUCUGUGGAAAGUGAAUCAGUUUUAUUACUUCCUCAGUGGUCACUGCCCAUUUUCUAAGUACUUCUAUUUUGGAAAGCAAAAUUGAAGCUGUCUCAAAUUAAAUGUAUAGGGAGAAAGAAAAGCAAACCAGUCAGAAGUUAGGGCUUUCUUUUGAUCAAGAAACCUUAUGAGAAACCAUUGCAACAUCCAGUCACCUAUAAAGGGAACCCUGGAGCCUAACCUAAACAGAACAUAAGUCCUUCUGUGCCAGGGAAUUGGCUAUAUGUAGCAUAAUAAUUCUCCACUUUAUGCAAAUAAGUUUUCAAGGAUAUGUACUUCUUUCUGAGUAUACUGUUUCCUUAGCUAGUUUGUACUCAGGGAACACAAAUUUAAUACUUGAGAUGAAAUAAAUAAAACACAAUUUGGAAAAUAAUGAUAAACAGGCAAGUCAGGUUUUAUACCACUGUAUCUAUCUGUAGCAUCCGCUAGCAUGGAAGCAUGCUUAGUUAAUGUGGGCUCCACACAGAUGUUUCUAACUUAACAGCUUAGAACACCCCCACCACAGGCCCUGCCACUCUGUCUAUUCGCUGGUUAGUAAGUUAAACUCCCAGCAUGAAGUCUCUUUUUUAAAUGCUCGUAGACUUGUCUGGUUUGUGUUUUGCCUUUAGCUUUAACUCUUCAGCUUUAACUCUCUACUUGUUAGCUUGUCCUUCGUCAUUCUAUGGCUUUUAAAUAGAGAUUGUGACUUCAGCAGUCCUCAGCAACUUCGUUGAAAAAUUGGGGUGAAGGCUACGUGCAUCUCUUAGUAAGUUUCAUCUUGGACGUGGCCUCAAUUUGAGACCCUAAAAUGAAAAGGAUAGAGAAAAAAGAGCUAGUAUCCUUUGUAGCGCUAAAGUUCUGCCCUUCUUACUUCUUCAGAGAGUCUGUGUCAGUGUCCAUGUCUUAUGUAUUUGUAUUCCUAUGCUAGUGUGAAUGUUCUGUCUCAGUCUGCGGCCUUUCAAAGGUGUAAACUCCUGUGUUAUUCUAAGCACAGCUACUUGGACUACUGGAACGCCAAUGACAAGAGUCAUCAGGAAAUCAAAGCAUAGAGUGAACUUAGCAUUGGAAAAUGACUGAUAUGUAGCGAUGGCAGUGCUGAUGGAUUCCUGAUUGUUAGCGUACCCUUACAGUACCCAGUCCAGUAAGCAGGGCCAGGAAUCUCUCCACAGGUUGUACUGCCACACAUGUAUGCAUUCAGUGGUGACUCGUUGUUCUCUGUAACAGAUCACCUUUCUUCUGGACUGAACAGUUUGAGUUUGUGACACUUUUGAUAUUCCUGUAAUAAAAAUACACACUGGUGUAUUGCUGGCAGGUCCUGGAGCGACAUACAGUAGAUAGAUCCGAAUAUACCUAGUUUAAUUACAAGAGCUAGUUGAUUGCACAAACUAGAUGUAAUUAUGUGAAAUAUUUAUGAUUCUAUUGAUUUUUCUAAGUAUUUAUAAGUUAUUGAGGGUGCUUAAAAUCCAGAACAAUCUCUUGAACGUAAUUUUCUUCUGCAAUUUGAUUUAUGUGAUUUUGGUGUGGGAAAUUUUGUCCUGGGGAUUGAACCCAGGGCUCCACAUAUGUGAAGCAAGUACAUGACUGCUGACCCAAAUCUCCUGCCUGUAUGUAUGUGAUUCUUGAAAUUCAGGCUCUCUUUGUAAAGGAAACUUAGCCCCUGGUCCCCAUCCAAAUGAUCAGUGUGUGGCUGUUAACCGAAUUAGGCCUAUCUGAAUUUCAUAUUGCUAAUUUUUUAUUUUGUGCAUAACUGAUAGGACAGUAUUUCCAUAGAGUGUGUCUCUAUGAACUGCCUAAUCGCUACUGGCUUGAUAGAAAUUCUCUCAAGCCUUUCAAAACUUGGAAAUAUAAUGAGCUUUAAACCGAGCAUGUCUGUAUGUGUACAUAAAUAUUAUUUAAGCAGGUUAGGGGCAUCUUUAACCAGCCUUUCCUCCAAUAUUUAUGAUGCUGUUGAUGCCACUAAACAUGAGGACCCACAGUCUAGACGGAGUAAGUUUUGGUUAAACUUCUUCAGCCACGGCCUGCUAAGAAUCAGGUCCCAUCUAGAAGUUGUCCUCCUACAGGCCUGUCUUUCGUGAGCCAGCACUAAUGUUUACUGCCAGCCUUGCAUAGCAGUGCAGUUUGGGACUGCAUGUGACAACUAUAUAACUACAGUUUAUGUCUGAAAGCAGCUCAAAUUUUACAGAGGUAAUUCAUGAUUAUUUGGACAGGCAGGGUGGGUAAAUUCAAUUAUAUUUAAAGUGCAAUUAAGGAAAUUCUAUGGUAUAAUCUCUCCAUUUUUUUUUAAGUUAAGGAUUUGUAGAUUGUCCUAGAUUGAAAAAAAAAAUUUUGACUAGACUUUUUUUUUUUUAAUAAGGUUUAUACAGUGAUUUUUUUUUUUUUUAAACUCAAGGUUUGCUAUGUUGUGUUAAUUUAAAUUUUUAAAGAGAAACAGAAGCCUCCUAGGAAAGAAGAAUUGCAUUGUUAUUUUUCUCCAGCUAAUCUGUGCAUUUUCACAGUUAAAUUCUCUUGUAAAUAAGGUUUGUUACCAAAUGAAGUUUUUCUAGAUGGAGAACAUUUUCCCAGAAUCAAAGAGACAUAGACCCACUGUCUACACAAAGAAAGAAAUAGUACCUGGUGCCUUCUCAAAUCAUUGCAGAGUAAGAAUAAACACAUGUUCAAAUCCCGCUUUCCCCGCCCACCCUCACACCCUGAUGCCCAGUUCUCCUGUUUCCCUGUGGACUGUCCCACAAAUGGUCCUGUGGUUUGCUUCUGCCUUUUCAGUUCCACUGGACCAAACCUCACACCAUCAACCACCAGAAGUUGUUUCCUGAAUAGAUUUCCUGUUUCAUUUAGUUCACUUUUUAAAGCCAUCUGGGCAGAUAUUUGGCUGCUUUCUUGUGCUUUUAAAACGAAUGCAAUUACUAGCAGCAGUCUUUAUACUUUAAAGUUUAUAAAGGAAAGAAAUGCAGAGCUGAGGAGGGAACCUAAUUGAAAUCUAAUUCCGUGUUUGCUACUAUGGCAACACAAGUUAUGUAACUUUGUGUAGUUUUCUCUUGUACAAAAUGUGGAUAAUAACCUACCUCACAGAUGUGUGUGAGAAGCUGUUUGAAAGCCCCUAAGUAGGGGUUUAUAGUCCCAUAUUCAACGUCAAUCUUUCCUUUUUUACUAGACACCUUUGAUAUGACUAGAAUGAGUACCUUGUUUUUAGAUGUUGUAUGUAAUAAGGGCAUAGUGCUGAGAAUGUUUGAGACACAGUUUCACAAAUUAUAGUGUUCUUAUUGUAAGACACUUAAAACUCUCUUGGAAACCUCAAAUGUUUAAAUAUCAAACUUGUCUUUUGUUUCAAUAAACACUGUUAUUCAGAA